AUGAUGCGUCCCCUUGCGUCCCACUCCGGCAUCCGCACACUGUUAAGGGUAUUACUGGCCGUAGGUGCGGUACGAUGUCAAGACUUCAAUAUACCCCAAAGCUGGCGAAAACCAACGUCUUCGCUGUCGCUGGCCCAGCGUGUAUCGCUGGCGUCAAAUGCCAUCAGUCCGUUGGUAACCUCGAUCAACCCGAGUAACGGGACGAACUAUGAACUAAACACAUGGCAGUCCGCUGGUUUACUAGCAAGCAUCGCACAGCUAGACUACGUAUCAGGCGCACAGAACAAUCAUGAACUUGUUCAACAGAGCGUAUCCGCUUUCCAAAGUAGCCAUCUCGCCUUCUUCGAUUCCCAACUUCCCCGCAACGUGACAAGUGAUCCGCUUAUGUGGGGUCUGGCAGCGUACUACGGGGCGCGCGCAUACAACGAUACUGUGCUUCUGGAUACGUCCAAGUCCAUCUGGUCCUCUGUGCAGACGUACGUCGUCAGUGCCCAGAAUGGUGCAUCCGGGACCCAGGCAACGAAGAAUGGCACCUUCUCCGCAAGCUGCUUGUCCAAUUCGAAUUAUACCUCCGCCGGGGCAGUCUUCUGGCAAGCAACGAUCCCUAACAAUUACAUGUCCAACGCGGAGACAGUGGGCGCAUAUGUGGCCCUAUCUGCGCACCUAUGGGAAGCUACGAGAGACACAGAAUACCUCGAUUCUGCAGCACAAUCCGCGCAGUUCAUGUACAAUUACCUGUACUCGAACGAGCUUCAAAUCAUCUGGGACACCUUUGAUCUGAAAGCAUGUACAGUAAGCCAGCUGAACUGGACUUAUAACCAAGGGUUCUUGAUGGAGGGCCUCUCUAUCUUGAGUUCGGCGCCGGUGAUAUCGAACACGACUUGGACAUCUCUGUUGAGAACGCUCGUCAGUUCGACGACCCUCUUCCCAGCGUGGACCAGUCCAAACGGCACUAACGCCGGAGUAUUGAUCGAAGCAUCGAACAUUAAUCCAAGGGUGAACUCCGUGCUCUUCGACUACCGAAACGUAUUCAUCAACGCCCUACUCGAGAUAUGGGCUCGUAUACCUUCGAAUGACCCAAUGGCGGCUUUCAUUGAAGCAUUCGUCAUUGUACAGUUCAAUGCCCUGCAAGAUCUCGCAUACAAUCACGAUACGUACUCUCCCGUCUGGACGGGGCCGCAGCUUCCUCAGAUGGUUCCAUGGGGUCAACUAGCUGCUAUACCGGUCCUGAGCGCAGCAAUCAAGAUGGCACCGAGCCCGACGUCGAACGGGACUGCAACUUCGACCCCAUCAUCGCCAGCCGCAACAUCCGGUGCAGCGUCUUCAAGUUCGGGUUCGUUGUCCGGAGGCGCAAUAGCUGGAAUCGUGAUCGGAGCAGGCGGAGUGCUUGCCCUAGUGGCGGCAAGUGUGAUCUUGGUCCGACGCCACAAGAGGCAACGCGCAUCUGAGGAAAAUGAACAACAGGCUGCUGUACAACCGUUCAUGCCCAGCGCCGUGUACAGGCAGCCUGCGGGAACGGCAGAAAGUGUCAGGCAGCUACCGGCGGACUACAGCAGGAAGGAUCGGCACGGUUAUGGCUCUGGCCAACGCUAUGUUGGAAGUCCGUUGCUCACCGUUCCGGAUAGUGAAGAGCCUCCGUCUGCUCUCCCCACGGGCGGGCAGGCAACUUCGACCGACUUCCUAUAUGAGGUCAUCGAGCAAGUCAUGGACAGGAUGCGUGGACGGGAGGAACCGCCUGCAUAUACAGGUCAAUAA